CUUGAACUUGGUGAGCAUCAUCACUAUGCGAAGAUUCCUGAUCACUCUUUCUUUACUAGGAAACACAAUACUUCGGGUUCCAAUAAUUGUGGCACUUAUCAGGACAGUGGUGCUUGCUGUGCUAGGGUGUAAUGUGUACUUUCUAACGAUUAUAUUUUCUUCACUUGCAAUCGUUUUUUAUGCAUGUCUCUGCCUACAGCUUCAAAAGUUGAGCCGCUUGAGCACUACUGGAAUCAGAGUAGAGUUCCACAGCAGCAGUUCAUCUCAACUACAACUGUUCCUGUCACCGUUUUGACAGCGAGCUCACCUCAAACAACCACACCCGUCUACUUUGGCCGACCUCCACCAGCAUAUCCCACCGCUCCACCUCUAUGA